AUGGGAAUAACGCCGCCGGAUCGCCAGUCGGCAUCGUUUAUGGUCGGAACUACGACGGCGGCCUCCCGCGGGCUCGCCUUCCUUUCCCUCGCGCGGCCGCGCGCGCGCCACGCCGCCGGCCGCGGCUCGGCUGGGGCUGACCCGCCCCCGAAGCCGGCCCGGCCGGCCGGCCGGCGGCUCGGCCGCGCGGCACCACCGGACGUGCUAGAGGAGACGGCGACCCGACGAGGCGGGCGCGGCCCGGUCCCCGAGGCCCCUUCGGCCGGGGCGGCUCGCUCGGCAGCGGGCGGCGGCGCGGCGACCCGCUGCGCUCUCCGGCGCUACCUGCGGGCGGGGGGCGCUUCCCCCCGAGCCUUUUUCUUUCCUCCCUUUUCUCUCUCGCCUCUCUCUGGCUCGCCGUCGCGGCUCCGGCCGCACCGCCGCCCGGCGCUGCGCGCGGCCGGCACCCACGGGCGCCACCCGGACCCAGGCCGGCACCGGCACCUCGCCUGUUUUUACCCAAGGACACCUGAAAAGCUCGCGGGGCCGCGCGGCCGUCACACAGCUCGGUACGGUGAAGAAGCCCCUCCCCGGCGGGAGGGGCGACACCUCGCCUGCCACGGGAAGCCCACGGGCAGAGGAGACCGCCCGGCCCGAACACCGGCCUCCGCCGCGCCUCUCGGCCGGCCACGGAGGAGCGCCGGCCCGCCGGGGGCCCUCUCCCACGCCUCCCGAAAAGCCUCAUCCAUCGUCACUCGGGGAACGGCCCCACGGCCACUCUCGCUCAGCCUGCCACUACGCGGAGGACGGCACGUGCCCCAGGCCGCCGACGCCGGCGGCCCGCACGCUACUCUCCACGGCUCUCUCCCGGCCCGGCAGGAGGCGGGUGCCGCCGGACGCCCGGCUCCGGACAACCCACGCUUCCGGCCCCGCCGGGCCCACGGCCGCCCCCCGCAGAGCGGCACACCUCCAGCGUGCGAAAGCGCCACCGAACAAAGGCCGGGGGACGGCGACGGGGAGAAAAACAAAAAGCCCCCGAGAAAAAAGCACGCGCGCCUCUCGCUCGCCGUGCUAGCCACGGCCGCCCGGGGCUCGGGGCGGGGCCCGCGCCCCUCGCUCCCCGAUUCCCUCUCGCUGCCCACGGGCUCGCGCCUCGGCGGCGGCCGGCCGCUGCCGGGCCGCUCUCGCGCUCUCACGCACUUUCUCUUCCCUGGCGCGCUCGGCGUGCUGCGGCUUAAGGCCGCCGGAGCAAAAAUCAAAAAAACGGAAAAAAAAGGCCGGGAGGGCGCCCCACUUCGCCCGCAACCCGGCCCCCGGCCGACAGACCUUCGCGGAACCCAGCCCUCCGGCAGCCAGGCCGGCGGGGCAGGCCCGACCGCACGGGCCGCCCGGCCGCCGUGGCUCUCGCGCCGGCCUAAGAGGAGGGAGGGGCGAGGCGCCGCCGCCUCGCCCGCCAACGGCCAUCGUGCGUCCCCAGGGCUCCCCGGCGACUCUGUCGGGUUCUCGGUCUGCCGGCGCGGCCGCCGGCCACAGCCUGGCCGGCCGGCGCCGCCGCCUUCGGCCCGCUGGGCGGGUCCCCGGCUUAGGGCCGAGGAAGGGGGAACGAACAAAAGAGCCGAGGCGCGCCGAGGGCGCCGCCUCGCCCGACCAUCGGGCGGUCCCGUCACCGAGCCCCUCCGGCAACCGGCCGGGCCCAGGCGAGGCCGCACGCCCACCGCCAGUCCCCGGCACGCCGCCGGCACCGCUGCCGCCCGGCAGCCGAGGACAGGGCGCCGCCACCCAGGCCCGGGCCAUCUUCGGGGCUCUCGGGAGGCGGCCGGGGAAAAAGCCCGCGCGGGCUCGGCCCUUCGAGCCCCGGCCGCCAACCGCCCGCAACAAUGCCCGCCGCCGCCGCCGGACGACGGGCGCCGGCUUAAGGCCGGCCCACCGAAAGGACGAGACGCCGCCGCCUCGCCGCCCUCGCACACCAUCGCCUUCGCCCGGGGCCCUCAGGGAGCCGGCAGCCGCCACCGGCUCGGGCUGGACGCUGCUGUCGGGCCCCCGCGGGCCCCCCUCGGCCGUCCCAGUCCCGCACUCCCUCGGCUGCGCUUUCGCGCUCGGCUCUCGUCUUCCUCUCCCGUCAUCGGGCCCGCCCGAGGAAGCCGGUCGAGAGCCCCGCGGCUUUCUCGCGCCGGCCUUCCUGCCGCUCGUGGGGUUGGCCGGCCCGUGGCACGCGCCGAAGGCCGCGCGGCAGCAGACGCGGAAGAAAAGGGGCCCUCGGAACCCGCGCUGCUAGACAACCCCUGCCCACAAUACGGACAGACGCGUCCUGGCGCCGCCGCGCCUCCGAAGCGGCUCGAGGCUCCUCAGCGGGGAGGCGCGCGAGAGCAGGCCGCCUCUCGCCUAGACCUAACCGGAGGCGGCGCCCGACAGCGACCCCUUGGCCGACUUCCGGGGCCGGCCGCGACAACAGGUCUACCCCGAAAAUGCCGACAGGCGCCUAAGUCCCGCCGGAGCCCGGGUAGACCUGGUGGCCCUGCGCCGGGACGCCGCCGGGGCGCAGGCCGCCGGCGGCGGCCGCGGCGGCCGCAUCGGCCGGCUCCGGAACCGGGUAGACCUGAUGCUCGCCAGCCCCGGAACCGGGUAGACCUGAUGCUCGACAGCACCCGGCGGGGCACGAGGCCGGCCGCGCCCGACUGGGCGAACGGGUCGGCCCGGAAGCCCGGGCCAACAGAGAACGUCUCUUCUUUCACCCUCGGGGCAGGGGAAAGGCUGCUACGCUCGGAGCGCCGGGCAGAAAGCGCAGCGCUAAGCCCCGAGACCGGCUCUAGCCGCUACUCUCGGACAUCGGCUCUUCCCGGCGGCGCCGAGGCGGCCGAGCCCGCCUCGGGGCAGGGGAAAGCCUUAACGCCGGAGAGGAAGUCUGCCGCAAAGGGCCACGGGAGAUGGAGUCCCCGCAACGAGCCCCCCGGGAGACGCCGGGUGCCCCACGAUCAUGCGGUACGCGACGGGGGAGAGGCGGCGCCGCGUCCGUCCGCCCCUCCGCUCCCGACCACGAGCGGCGCUCCGCACCGGGCCCGCCCCGGGGGGCGGGCGGCCGGCUAUCGCGAGCCCACCGAGGCGCCGGCGGCGCUGCGGUAUCGCUACGUCUAG